AUGGGCCAGGGAGGCUCCAGGGGCGGCGGCCAGGAGAAGCCCCUGAAGCUGGUUCCGACAACCACGCAGGUGAAGAAAGCCAACCUCGAGUCCAAGUGGUGGGGCCUCCAGGCCAGCGGCGCGGCCUCGGCUCCCCUCUGCCUCCAGGGCUAUGGCCAACAGUACGAAGCGCUGUUCGAGCGACACUGUGGGGACUACCGGCGGGAGCACCAGAAAUGCAUGAAGCAUGGGAAGCUGGAUCCCCUGGAGAUGCAGAAGUGGUAUCCGGUCUGCGGCGACAGCUUUGAGCUGGAGAAUGCAUGCGCCGGUGCCCUCCUCAAGGCCGUGGAUUCGCGCUGCCGCGCGCCCUUGGACAAAGCCGCGGGCACGCUGAGCCAGGGCCAGGACGACGCCCGGCUGCCGAAACAGCUGGAGGCGGUGGGCAGCUGCAUGCUUCAGAUGGCAGCCGACAAGGCUCUGAAGGUGUCUGUGGACAUGGAGGAGGUGCGGCGCCGCACGCAGCUGGCGAAGCAGCUCGUCGCGCGCGGGUAG